AUGUGGACCGGUCGUUGCUGGCACUUCAUUCGAGAUCAUCUACCUACUGGUGCUACGCUGGCUCCGAUAAUUAUAGCAACCGACAAAACACAGCUCACACAAUUCUCUGGGAGCAAAAUCGCUUAUCCGAUCCACCUAACACUGGGAAAUGUCCUCACUUUUUGGCGUCGUCGUCCUUCUCAACAAGCCUGCGUAUUACUAGUCUACCUACCCGUAGACAAGAUUGACAGGAAUGGCCUGUCCAAGAAGGAAUUCAGUGUUCGAUACCAGCGUCUUUUCCAUGAUGCAAUGCGCUAUAGAUGA